AUGAACUCGGCAAUAGCGAGCGCCGACAACGCCACCCUGGCAAGCGUGGCCUCGAAUUAUGCCCUGCGCACCGUCACCGAUCAACUAGCGUUGGACCUGGCUGCGAAGCAGUCGGGCCUGGAUGUUGACACCAAGAUCGCAAACGCGCUCUUGGAUCGCCCCAGCACCACUGACUUGACUGCUGCGGUGAAUCUGAAGACCACGCCGGCCGACGUUGAUCAGAAAGUUGCCACUGCACUGCUGCCCUAUACAGAUACCACAGGCGUAAACUCGCUUCUGGCCGUCAGAGAUGCACAGAUAACCGCAGCCGAUUCUGCCGGGCCCUUUGCAAGCUCCAGCGACCUCACGGCUGCAGAGACUUCGCUGCAGAGCGCCAUCAAUGCCAUCCUCGCGCAAUUAGCCGCAUUGACCACGGGCGGAGGCACCAACUUGAUCAACGCGCAGGCUUGGCCUGGAGAAAUUACAUGGGACUGGCUGGUGG